GGUUUAAUCAAAACAAAACGCCUCAAGAAAUGCAAUUCAGUUAAUGUGAAGGCGUUUUGUCGCCGAAGACUUCCCGUAUAUAUGAUUCAGUCGGGAAUGUUUUCCGGACCCCUCUCUAUGGCCGUGAAAUACGUAAAACACGGUCACAUUAGGGUCGGACCAAAUGUGGUGACAGAUCCGGCAUUUCUGGUCACCAGAACUCACGAAGACUUCAUCUCAUGGACCGAUAACUUGAGGACAAAAAUAGAUACUUAUAAUGACAAUAGAGAUGACUAUAAAGACUAAAUCAC